UAUAAUUAAAGAAAAAAAGAAAAUAUAUAUGUCGAUUCUUACGCGCAUGCGAUUUACGAAUGGUGGGGAAAUGAUAUUUUCCCUUUCUCGGAAAAAGAUAUUCCAUAUUUUUGGUCAAAGAGGAAUAUAUACUCCUGUUUUAAAAAAAGAAAAAAUGGGAAAACUUACUCAAGAAGAACGAGAGAAAGAUUUAAAACCAUUAUUAUUUAACAAUUGGUCUGUGCAACAAGAUAGAGAUGCUAUUUACAAAGAAUUUUUAUUUAAAAAUUUCAAUCAGGCAUUUGGUUUUAUGACCAAAGUUGCAUUGCAAGCAGAAAAAAUGAAUCAUCAUCCUGAAUGGUUUAAUGUUUACAAUAAAGUAAACAUUACUUUAUCUUCUCACGAUGUUAAUGGUUUAUCACAAAGAGAUAUUAAGCUUGCAUCUUUUAUAGAUAACAUUGCUAAAAUGGAAGAAAACUAAGAUUAAGAAUAUAUGUACAUAAUAAAAAUUAUAUAUAAUAAUAUUAAUUUUUUAAAUUUUUAUAAUAUUAAUUAAUUAGAAAUGUUGUUCUGUUGUUAUAAAAUUUAUGAUAAUAGAUAUUUUAUAUAUUUCAUUACUUAUAAUGAUUACUUAAAUAUAUAAAAUAAUUAAUGUUUAUUAAUAAAAUUUGUUAUUUAAAAUAAUAAAAAUUGUCAUAAAUAUUAUUUAAGUAAUACAAUAUAUUAAUUAAAGUUA